AUGGAUCCCAUUAUUGGUCUUUCCCCAGAACAGAGAUGCAAACAUUACUGGGAAUCUGAUGGAUGCACAGAUUGGUCUGUGGAUAUCAAGAAAUACCAAGUUUUGGUGGGAGAGCCUGUUAGAAUCAAGUGUGCACUCUUUUAUGGUUAUAUCAGAACAAACUACUCCCUUGCCCAAAGUGCUGGACUCAGCUUAAUGUGGUAUAAAAGCUCUGGUCCGGGAGAUUUUGAAGAGCCCAUUGCCUUUGAUGGAAGUAGAAUGAGCAAAGAAGAAGACUCCAUUUGGUUCAGACCAACAUUACUACAGGACAGUGGGCUUUAUGCCUGUGUCAUCAGGAACUCUACAUACUGUAUGAAAGUAUCCAUCUCACUGACAGUAGGAGAAAAUGACACUGGACUCUGCUACAAUUCCAAGAUGAAGUACUUUGAAAAAGCUGAACUUAGCAAAAGCAAGGAAAUUGCGUGCCGAGACAUAGAGGACUUUUUAUUACCAACCAGGGAACCUGAAAUCCUUUGGUACAAGGAAUGUAGAACGAAAGCAUGGAGACCAAGUAUUGUGUUCAAAAAAGAUACCUUACUCAUAAGAGAAGUCAAAGAAGAUGACAUUGGAAACUACACCUGUGAACUAAAAUAUGGCGGCUUUGUUGUGAGAAGAACCACCCAGUUAACUGUUACAGCUCCUCUGACUGAUAAGCCACCUAAGCUUCUGUAUCCUGUGGAAAGUAAACUAACAGUUCAGGAGACUCAACUAGGUGACUCGGCCAACCUCACCUGCAGAGCUUUCUUUGGGUCCAGUGGAGACGUCAGUCCUUUAAUUUACUGGAUGAAAGGAGAGAAGUUUAUUGAAGAUCUGGAUGAAAAUAGAGUUUGGGAAAGUGACAUUAGAAUUCUUAAGGAACAUCUUGGAGAACAGGAAGUUUCUAUCUCAUUAAUUGUUGACUCUGUGGAUAGGGAAGGUGCUGGGAAUUAUUCCUGUUAUGUUGAAUGAAUGGAAUAUGGACGUCGGCAUGCCAGUGUUCUCCUUCAUAAACGAGGGUGAUUAAUGUACACCGUUGAACUUGCUGGAGGGCUUGGUGCUAUUCUCUUGCUGCUUGUUUGUUUGGUGACCAUCUAUAAAUGUUACAAGAUAGAAAUCAUGCUGUUCUACAGGAAUCAUUUUGGAGCUGAGGAGCUGGAUGGAGACAACAAAGAUUAUGAUGCCUAUCUAUCCUAUACCAAAGUGGACCCUGACCAGUGGAACCAAGAGACUGGGGAAGAAGAACGUUUUGCCCUUGAAAUCCUACCUGAUAUGCUUGAAAAGCAUUAUGGAUAUAAGUUGUUCAUACCAGAUAGAGAUUUGAUUCCAACUGGAACAUACAUUGAAGAUGUGGCAAGAUGUGUAGAUCAAAGUAAGCGGCUGAUCAUUGUCAUGACCCCAAAUUAUGUAGUUCGAAGGGGCUGGAGCAUCUUUGAGCUGGAAACCAGACUACGAAACUUGCUUGUGACCGGAGAAAUCAAGGUGAUUACUGAUCGAAUGCAGUGAACUCGAGGAAUUAUGAACUACCAGGAGGUGGAGGCCCUCAAGCACACCAUCAAGCUCCUCACGGUUAUUAAAUGGCAUGGACCAAAAUGCAACAAGUUGAACUCGAAGUUCUGGAAACGUUUACAGUACGAAAUGCCUUUUAAGAGGAUAGAGCCCAUUACACAUGAGCAGGCUUUAGAUUGUCAGCGAGGCAGGGGGCCUUUCGGGGAGCUGCAGACUGUCUCGGCCAUUUCAAUGGCUGCCGCCACCUCCCACAGCUCUAGCCAUGCCCAUCCAGAUCUCCGUUCUACCUUUCACAACACCUACCAUUCGCAAAUGCGUCAGAAACACUACUAUCGAAGCUAUGAGUACGAUGUACCUCCCACGGGCACCCUGCCACUUACCUCCAUAGGAAAUCAGCAUACCUACUGUAAUCCUAUGACACUCAUCAAUGGGCAGCGGCCACAGACAAAGUCAAGCAGGGAGCCGAAUCCAGAUGAGGCCCACACAACAGUGCCAUCCUGCCGUUGUUGCCGAGGGGAGACCAGUAUAUCCAGUGUUUAUUUGGUGACAGAAAAGCAAAGGACAUCCCGUCCCUGGCGUUUGAAAGGAAUCUGCAGUCCAGUGCCUGGAACUAAAUCCUCGACUGCUGUUAAAACAAACAAACAUGCAUUACAAUCUCUAGAACACGAGGAAAAACAGGGUCUUGUACAUAUAUUUUUUGGAAUUUCUUUGUAG